AUGGCUGCUGCGGCGCGGCGUCAACCUUCCGCUGUUGUCAUCUUUGCUCUUCUCCUCGCUGCUCUCCUCCCGGUCGUUCUUGCGCGAAAUCCUCUUCCCGAUAACGUCUAUGUUGCGGACGAUGACGUCAUCGGCUCGUAUUGCGAGGUCAUACUCGGCGCGCCAUCAGACCCCUUCUCUUCGGUCGACGUCUGUCUCAAGGUGCACCGGCACCCCACCCACCGCAACACCAUAAGCCACAUGGACUUUGUAGCCCAGAUUGAAGGGGUAACUUCGGCUUCCACCCCUUCCUCUCCCACCAUCUCCUUGACCGACUCCCAUACAGUCACAGUCCCCUGCGUUGCUUACUACUGA